CUCUCUCGCCAUGCUCUCUGAAACAUCUUUCCCUUCUGCGCCUCGAAGAUGCAAGUGAAGGCUCGAACUCCACUCUCGAAGUUCAAGCUUCUCUUUAGUAGCACUUCGAGAAUGGAGUUCAAGCUUCACUGCGAGACAAGUGGAAUGGAGGUGCAGUUUGCUCCCAACGGGGAUGGAGGUCUCGUGUCUUCUGUUAAUCGUGCAUUGCCCUCAGCCUUGGGUUUUGAUUUUAGGUGUCCCAGUCCCAUUUCCGGUGCUCUUCUUUUAUAAUUGCAGCCCUCCAAUGCAGGAGGAGAUACUCAGCAUUGUCUACUGUGAGCCACGGUCGGGUUGUCUCAAGCUCCUCAGAUUCAUUCUGAAGUACGGCGUCCCUGUUUGCUGCGGACUAAUCAUCGAGUUUAAAGGUGCGGAGAGUGCAGUCUCAGCUACCGUCUUGUCUGCCUGGACUGCUUAUGUUGUGAUAUGCCGCAAUUUGAUCGCCCAUGGCAUCCUCGAUGCGACUCAGUGGUUCGCAGCUGUGGUCUUCCUUCAUGUGGAUUACUUAAUUUUCUGUGGACACCUACUACUCCGGUCGAUUCGAUUUCUCUCGGGUGCUGCUUGUAUUCUUCACUUUUCUCGCUGUAAUUGCUGCGUAUUGUGGUCGGAUGCCGCAGUUUCCUCCUCCAGAUGAACUCCUUGUGCAGUCAUUUCCCGGUCAUCCAACUGUUCCGACCACUCCUGCUACGGCUGCGGUGCCGAAUCCAUUAUCUGCAUCGAUCAGACUAGUCUAUCAAUCCUCGCCCUCAUCCUCCAUUUCGACGGGAGCAGCUCCCCAAACCUUGCUUUCACCUUUAGCUUCCAGACCGGCUCCUCAAAUCUUGCCUCCAUCCUCCGCUUCAACCAAAGCAGCUCCCCAGAAGCUUCCGGCUCUGUUCGGGUUGGUUGCCGAUCAUUGCGACGUGUAACUUGGCAGGACCUCGAGCAGCAUUGGCCAAAUGCAAAUGCACAAUCAUUUCCACGUCUAACUCAGAAAGGCCUCAAGUAGCAUCGGCCAAAUGCAAAUGCAGUUUCUGUUGAAUAGCUCGAGACAUCGAUGGAACUUAACAAGGGCAAAGCUGAUAUACCAAAUGUUAAUCUCGCAUUCGUGAGCAUAGAAUGUUGGAGCCGUUAUUCUAGUUUUCCUUUCUCUGACCUUGAAAAUCACAUUAUUUUGGCAGAGUUAGAAUGUUAGCUUUAAUUCAGCUAGAUUUGGA